AUGAGCAGCAUGAAAUCAGGCAGUGCUGGUGAUGUCGACAACCACCACCAAUUCAAGAAUACCGUCCCGUCAUUACCAAAGAAAAGCAAAAUUUCACAGCAACGACUGGAGACCAUUCUGAGAUGCUUAUCUCUGCCAAUUGAUGCACAAAAAGAGUGGAAACCUGCCGACAUUCUCUCCUGUUUGCAAUCUUUCUUGAGUGCCCGUGGUACCAUCCAGUCGUCGCCUGGUGUGUACAACACUGAACCAACCAUCCACUCUCAAAUUGCAGCUACGGUUCUGGACGUUCGAUCCGAAUUCCAUCAAAUCAUCGUAUCGAGUCCAUUACGGAAAAAUUGGCGUGCCGAAAGUCGAAAGGCGCUGGAGGCAGCCACACAGGCGUUGCUGCUGGGAUCCACAAGCUCUGGUCGACUUGCUACCCUAUUGGUCGGGCAUAGUCUGGCGCUGGAGCCCUGCAAAGACCCAUCUGGCAAUCGCGCCAUUGCCAGUGCUAUGGUCGCUAUCCUUUUCAAAGGUAACAACACAGAAUCAUUGGGUAUCGUUUCGCAUGGUCUAUUUGCGGCAGUCUUUCGAGAGGCUACAGAAAGCAUCAAAUUUCAGUCCAACGAUUGGCGCAUUCUAGCACGUUUGGCAAAGGCUGAACAAGUCAACUGCCUCCACGACGAUCAAAUGGCAGGCAAGGUUGUCACCAUUCUUGGUCAGACUCUGGGUCUGAAUGAAUCAGACCAAGUUGUUGUUUCCAAAUCCGAUGCUUCCUCUUCGCUGGCUUUGGCCGCGCAGCUGCAACCAUGGCAACUACUCGAGCCCCAGCGACUAGUAAAAAUUGCCAUUCACCAUGACUUGUGGCAUGCAGCCGAACAAAUCUGUGCGUCGGCUCCCGAUCAUCCAAGCGCCGUCGAUGCAUUGUUGGAAGGAGCCAUGCAAACGCAACGAUAUCGACAAGCCGAUCAAUUUGCGACGACCUUUUACGAACAGGGUGGAAAGACUCGUUACUUGGAAGCGCGAUAUCUCCACGCUUGUAGUACCAUUACCAAGGUGAUUCAAAAGGGCGCCAUUCCAUUGAUCAAGCAAGUGGACCGCGUGGACAAGGCGGCGCAAAAAGUAGUACAAUCAACAACAACAACAACAACCUAUGAUCCCUCCACGGUGGGAACCGAGAUUCGCGACUACGCGUUGCAGCAAUUGGUGGGAACGGGGAAUCUAGAUGCCGCACAACGCUUUGCAGAGACAUUCGACUUGGAGUAUGUGUUGGAUCAGGAAGCCAUACUGCAGGCGCAACAAGCCCGCCGCGCGACAUACCUGCAAUUUGAAGAUUUGCUUCCAGGGAGUCCACCCGACUUGCUGUCGUCCCCCAAAGCUCUCCUCGCGGCAGUCCAAGAAUUGGAGGAAGACGACAAAGUGUUUGGCUUUGAUACGGAAUGGAACCAAGAGCACGGCGGCGUGGAUGUUUGCCAGAUUGCGUCAUUGAAGCGAGUGAUACUGAUUGAUAUUCCCACUCUGUCGAGCACACCGGAAGGAGCGGAUGCUCUGGAAAAGACAAUCGGUCGCCUCUUUGCUUCGUUUCCAGCGAUUACCAUGGUGGGCUUUUCGUGUAAACAAGAUAUCAAAAAACUGCGGACAUCGGGGAGUUGGUUUGGUAGGAGCCAACCUGUAAAAAACGUCCAGGACCUUCAGACGUUGGCUGCCUCGUCCGACCACAAAAUGAGUCGCCUAGGUUUGUCACGGGUUUGCGAACGGUAUCUGGGCAAGCCGUUGGAUAAGUCGGAGCAGUGCAGUCAGUGGAAUGAAAGACCUUUGUCCCUGCGUCAACGAACCUAUGCGGCAUUAGAUGCCUGGACCGUGCGUGCCAUCUAUGACAAAGUGAAAGAUACUACCGUAGCUAGCUAG